CAUUAAUCAUUGAUACACCGUUUAUUAAAAUAAAAAUAAAAUCAAGAUAGAAUGUGCAGGGAUGGGAGAUUGAGAGAGUGUAUUUUUACGUAUUUACAUUUGCAGAUACUCUUCGCCGUCGCAAUCCCGGUGGACAUUCCUGGCAAAUCGAUCGCGGUGUCGCUUUACUUCGAGGCGAAUUACGGAUUACCGUGGGAGGCGAGUCAGUUUUACGGGGAAAAUUAUUACGCGAAGCGAAACCUCGACCGUCGAUUAGUGUAUGAAGCGUCUGUACAGAAACUGGAAAGCCUGGGCUACCCCGGGCUGGAUUGUUUGCUGAGAACAAUUUGCGAGGCCGCGAAAUAUCCCCUAAGCGAAAACGGAGUGCUCGGUGAUAUCCUGCAGAUUGUAUUCACACCCUCCAGCUCGAGGAACGAAAAUCUCCCGGAUGAAAUUGUGGAAGCCGAACGUGAGCAGCAUUGCGAUCGACGUUACAAGAAGUGUCCCGUGAAUCCUUUCGACCUGGUGAGCAGUCACGUCGGCGCUACCUAAACGGCUUUCCUCCCAUAAUUGAUAAA